AUGUCAACUCAAGUACAGCGGGCUACCCCAAUACACAAUACCUUAGAUGGUCGGUCGUUGGAGGAAACAUCAGACCAUAUUGACAACCUCAAUCGUAUCAAAGCAGAGAUGAGAGAGGCACCUAUAUUUGAAGACGAGAAAGAGAAACAAAAACGAUUUCGGCAAUAUCAUGCGGCGAAAGCCCACGUUAUAGAAUUUUAUAAAGAACAACAUAAGAAGCAGACCUACGAGUUCAACAUCGAAAUUCGUGAAAAGUUUUUCAAGUCCAGACGUCCGGUCGAGAUGUCAGUAUGGGAGGCGAUGGUAAAGCUCAACGCAUAUGUUGAUGAGUCAGAUCCCGAUACCGAGGUGACUCAAAUUGAGCACCUUUUACAAACGGCCGAGGCGAUGCGGAGAGAUGGAAAGCCACGCUGGAUGAUAUUGACCGGGCUCAUUCAUGAUCUGGGCAAAUUGUUGAGUGCAUUUGGGGCUGAGGGUCAGUGGGAAGUUGUCGGAGAUACUUUCCCCGUGGGUUGUGCAUACCACGAAAAGAUUAUCUUGCACGACAAUUUCAAGAACAACCCAGACUAUAACCACCCAGUCUACAGCACCAAGUACGGUGUUUACUCCCCAGGUAUUGGAUUAGAUAACCUCAAAAUGUCGUGGGGACAUGAUGAGUAUCUAUACCACGUUGUCGAAGGCCAGUCCACAUUGCCAAAAGAUGCACUUGCAAUGAUAAGGUAUCAUUCAUUUUACUCUUGGCACAGCGAAGGCGCAUACACCGAGUUCAUGAAUGAGAGUGAUCAUAGGAAGUUGGCGGCCGUAAAUGCCUUCAACCCAUAUGACCUCUACAGCAAGAGUGACGAGCCCCCAAAUGUGGAAGAGCUUAAGCCUUUCUAUUUGGAACUGAUCGAUGAGUUCUUUCCACAACGGAUCAUCAAAUGGUAA